AUGUCCAACACGCAAGUCGGAAACGUGUACCAGCAGAUCAUCGCAGAUGUCAUCGAGAGCUCGAGAGUUGACUUUGAGGAGGGAGGCGUCGAUGAUAAUGUGCUCGAGGAGUUGCGAUUGAUUGUGUUUCGCUUCCAUAUUGAAUCGUUCUGGCGGGUUGUGGUGGUUCAUAUGUCGAUAUACGUGCGGACCUUCGUUUUCGCUGCUGCCUGUCCUAUGGGCUCGCCCUGGAUUCUCACGGGUGGGCGACCCCUCUGUAUUUGGCUCUUGUUUUAUACCCGGCACGGAUGGCAAACAAAAUUGUCAGGCUUGAACGUCGCCCAGUUCCCAUGGGAUCCCAAGCCCGAACCACCUAUGGCCAACCCACCCACUGUUCCCUCCAAUGCCGGCAACUAUCACUCUAUCAACACUCCUCCCCAAAAUAUUCAAGGCCAGCCUCUGCAGCAGAUGCAGCCCAUGCCGUCUAAUGGUAACCCGCCUCGCAUCAAGCCCGAGCCAGGUAUGGACAGCCCACCCAUGACCCAACCUCCCUUCCAACACGGCGGCCUUACCAUGCCACAAAUGCCCAUGGCUGGCGCUACAACCGCCCAGCAAAGAGCAGCCCAACACCUACAAAAUAACUACGGCCAAAGAGCUGCAGCAUCCAUCAACGCCAUCCAAUCCGCCCAACAGCCACAACAGCCACCUACUCAACAAGGAGCCCCAUUUCACCCCGCAGGCCAAAGUUUAAACCCGCAAAUGCAGAUGCAGAUGCACCAGCAACAACAACAACAACAACAACAACAGCAACAGCAACAGCAACAGCAACAGCAACAGCAACAGCAACAGCAAGCGCGUGCCCAGCAGCAAGCAGCUCAACCACAACAAAUGACGGAACAGCAGUAUAAGAGCUUCAUGGCUGCUCAACAGGCACAAGCGCAGGCCCGCGCUCAAACAGCUCGACAAAACGGUCAGAACGCUCAGAACGCUCAGAAUGGACAGAUUGGCUUCAAUGGCGCACCUCCGCAAACCGAUGGCGCAGAUGACGUCGAAGCCGAGACUGUCAUCAAGCAGAUCGGUAGCAACGGUGAGGAGACCACAAUGGGCCGUGUUGAAAUUGAUGGCUUGAUACGGAGUAAGAUCGAGGCUAUGGGACAGAGUAUGGAGGGUGGAGGACUUAUGCUUCCUCUUUCACAAUUGAAGAAGAAAUCAAGAUCUCAAUCCUCACAACCAAAGCACACUCGUACUCGAAAGGCCAAGGAAGGUACAGUGUUUGAGGGAAUGAUACAAGUAGAUGGCGGAGACUCAGACGAAGAUGUCAAGGAAGAGGAGCACGAUGAAGACGCCAUUAAUUCUGAUCUUGAUGAUCCGGAUGACGGGCUCAAUGACGAGGAGGAUGAGGAUGAGGGAAUGGGUCAUAUAAUGCUUUGUAUGUAUGACAAAGUGCAGCGGGUUAAGAACAAGUGGAUGAGAAAGUGGCUAAUCUGUGGUGGGAAUUUAGGAAGUGCGUAA